AUGGCCUCCCUGUUUCCGCGCGCACUUCUGCGCCGGCCGCUGACGGCAGCAGCAGCAGCAGCGAAUGCUCUGCCACGUGCUGCGACAGCCAGUCGCGCCUCAACGUGCCGCGCGCCAACCACCACCUCUGCCUCGAUUUCCUUGGCUCGCCCUGCUCUGCGCCCGCUGGUUGCGCGUCGCUUCUACUCGGACGGUUCUGACAGCAGCAAGAACAGCGGCACCCCCCCGCCUCCGCCGCCUCCGCCGCCCCCGCCACCGCCGCCACCGAAGCCUAGCAACAUCAAGUUCUGGCCUUUCCUCGUCGUCAUCGCCCUCGGCUCCGGUGGUUACAUGCUCCUCGUGCAACAGCGCAACAACAGCAAGAUGACAGAUAAGACAUCGACCGGCAAGGGCCUUGGCGGCGGCCCCCCCAAGCCCACCUUCUCGACCGAUGACGUGUCCGUCGUCUUUGUCCUCGGCGGCCCCGGUGCUGGCAAGGGCACCCAGUGCGCCCGUCUCGUCAAGGCCUACGGCUUCACCCACCUGUCCGCUGGUGACCUCCUGCGCGCCGAGCAGGACCGUCCGGGUUCCCAGUUUGGCCAGCUGAUCCGCGACUGCAUCCGCGACGGCGCCAUUGUCCCGCUCGAGGUCACGGUCAAGCUGCUCGAGAAUGCCAUGCAGGAGACCAUUGACACGAAGAAGGGCAAGGAGCACAAGUUUUUGAUUGACGGCUUCCCGCGCAAGAUGGACCAGGCCGUGGCCUUUGAGGAGGCGGUCUGCCAGGCCAAGCUGGUGCUGUUCUACGACUGCCCCGAGUCGGAGCUGGAGCGCCGCCUGAUGGAGCGCGGCAAGACGUCGGGCCGUGCGGACGACAACGCCGCGUCGAUCCGCAAGCGUUUCCGGACGUUUGUGGAGACGAGCAUGCCCGUCGUGGACGCCUACGAAAAGGAGGGCCGCGUGGUCAAGAUUGACGCCACGUCGACACCCGACGCUGUCUUUGCGGCCACCCAGAAGGAGCUGGGCUCACGCUUGUCCCUGUAA